CUCCUGCCUCCUCUAUAAGAGCUCGAAGUCCCGAGCGAGUCAGACAGCAUUGCCACUAAAUCUUAAGGUUCAUCCAGGGGUCGAUCAUCAUUCUGUGCUCAGCAUUAACAGCGAUCUGAGUCAAGGAAAGAAGCCAGCCAUAACCCGGGUCUGCCCGAUGGAUGCUAAAGCUUCCAAGAAACUAAGACCUUCAGGAUGGCAGGGCUGCAAUGGCACCGCUCACCGUUGUACUGGGAAGUUCUUUGGCUCCCUCGGAUGCAAAAUUGCAAGUUACCCACAUACCACGAUAGCAAUAUCCUUACUUAUCGUUGGAGGUUUAGCGUGUGGUUUGCUUCGUUUCAAUGUCGAGAACCGAACCGAAAAAUUAUACAUACCCCAAGACAGUCAGGCGAUCAGAGAUCUCAACAAAGCAUCUCACCAUUUCACGUCCUUAAAGCACAGAGAUGAGUUAAUGCUUUUCGAACAAAAAGAAGGCGGGAAUGUUCUUACAGAUGUUUGCCUUAAAGAAAUUUUGUCGGUGCACCAAGCUGUGGUCGAGUUGCCGAUGUUUGCUUCCUUGUGUUUACACAGAAGAGGAAUGGUAGGGAUUGGGAACACAACUGAACAUUGCGUGAUGUAUAACCCUUUAGAGAUAUUUGACUUUGAUGCUCACAACCUGGUAAAUCUCACUCAGAAGAUAGACAAGGUGAUUAGGGAUAACCAGAUGAUGCAAAGCGAUAGGCCUGCCCUGUUGACACUACCUCGUGUCUUCUCCGCCAUGAGCAAAAAUUCAAACGGCACUUUUAGCACUAGUGCCGUACAGAUCAACUACCGAAUGCAGGCGCCAAACAACGACGGACACGAGACAAAAUUAUUAUCAUUUGAAAAAAACUUUAUCAGAAAGGUGGAAUCGUUGCAGCGGCAGCUUUCUCAUGUGAGAAUGUUUUACACGGCGGAGAGAAGUCUGGACGAUGCGAUAACAGAAAGCACUGGCCGAGACGUGUUGUACGUCUCUUUGACGUUUACUAUAAUGAUCGCAUUCUCGUGUAUCAUGCUUGGGAAAUUCCAUAACCCGCUAACAGGGCACUCGUUGCUCGCGAAUGCCGGGAUAUUAGCAGUCGCUCUCGGGAUUCUCGCGGGAUUCGGGCUCGCAAUGGCUGUUGGUACCCCUUUUAUAAGUCUCGUUGGUGUUCUGCCAUUUUUAGUUGUCGGAAUAGGAAUCGACGACAUGUUUAUCAUCAUCAACGAGUUGGAUCGGCAGGACAACAAGCUAUCCGUGAUCGAAACGAUCAGAUUGGUGAUGGCCAAUUCUGGUAUGACGGUUACCAUGACAACCGUAACAGAUCUCAUCGCGUUUGUUGUCAGUACGACAACAGCUUUUCCGUGUAUUAGGUACUUUUGUAUAUAUGCAUCAUUCACAGUAACAUUCUCUUAUAUCAUGACUAUUACAUUCUUCGUCGCUAUGGCUUCUUUCGACGUCAGGAGAAUCAAAAGCAACCGCAGAGACCUCUGUCCUUUUAUUUAUGCGUGGCCACCCAAAGAAGGCGACCCGCCCUGGGACGAGCCGGUACCAGCGAAGGCAAACAUAGUGAUGAGAAAGUACGCGCAGUUUCUAAUGCAGACCCCCGUGCGUGUUAUAGUAGUGGGAAUAUCUAUUGCCGUCCUUGGUGUGAGUAUCUGGGGCGCCACGAAUAUCAGUCAGAGGUUUGAUAGGAGGCUGUUAGCUAAAGAUGGAUCCUACUUCAAGAAUUUCCUAACGGCACAAGAAAAGUAUUUUAAUAUGAAACUCGAGGUCAGCAUUGUUCUUGAUAGUCAACUAGACUACGAGAAUACUCUUGUUCAAGGGAAAGUUAUGAGGAUUCCAAAGAUAGCCUCAAGGAACGCGCACUACUCUAACUCAUCGAUUAACUGGAUGGAAAGCUUUAUUCAAUUUGCAAAUAAAACAAACAUGGAAAUUACUGGAAAAUCGAACUUCAUGGCCGGGCUGCAGGUGUUUCUUAAUUUCCCAUCAUUUACACAUCACAGGAGUGAUGUCGUCUUAGCUCAGGAUAGCAAGAGUAUCGAGGCGUCUCGUGUGGUUUGCUUCAUGGAGAGUUCAUCUAACUCUCUCUUCCAGCGCGACGCAAUGCUGACACUCAGAGAAGACUUGAAUGAGAAGGACGGGGGACUUCAUUCUUAUCCAAUAUCGAGAUUUUUCAUCUUCUAUGAACAGUACGCGCUGAUCCAGAGUGAGACGAUCAGGAACCUUGUUAUCGCCGCCGUUGCCGUGCUUCUGAUCACGUGGCCGUUCCUGCUCAGUUUCAGCGUCACCAUCUUAGUCUUCCUCGGCUUCUCCGCCCUUAUCGUCGAGCUGUUCGCCCUGAUGGCCGUGUGGAAUGUGUCUCUGAACACCAUCUCCAUGAUCAACCUCGUUAUGGCCAUCGGUUUCUCUGUUGACUACAGCGCGCACAUUGCGCAUGCAUUCGUGACGUCAACUGAGCCGACAGCGGAGUUACGCGUUGUGCAUGCGCUAAGCACACUAGGCACGAGUGUCCUUAUGGGAGGGAUAAGUACAUUCCUCGGCAUGGUCGUGACAGUCGCAUCCUCGUCAGAGAUUUUCAGGAUUUUCUUCCGCAUGUUCCUCGGCAUUGUGCUGUUCGGCUUGCUUCACGGACUUGUUUUCCUGCCUGUUUAUCUCUCAAUCGUCUGUCGUUGGGAGGUUCAUUCUACCCGUGAUAUGAAAGAGACUUCAAGCCCCACCCCAGUUGUGUCGUCAUUCGAGCAGAAAGUCGAAGCGGAUGCUGAGGAUCAGAAGGACGGAAGUUCGGAGUGUGUGACGGUUCUUUGAAGAUAUUGCGUGAAAACUGCAUAGUAGGCCGCCUGGUAGUAUGAUGUCUACUCUAAGCCUACCAAAAAGGCAUCUAAAUAACAUAUUUAUAUUCUAUAUUAAUGCAUUUAAAAAAAGGAGAGAUAGUUUACAGAUAGAUCUUACAUCUCGAGUUAUUUGCGCUACGUUAUUUGCACACGCCCAGUAUUGUAAACUCCCAUUUUUGAAAAAAUUAACAUAACAUUUAAAAGGAAUGAUACAGCCUUUUAAGGUUCUUAAAAGAACUUUGCAGUCUUACUGAGAAGUGCCAACUCAUUUCAUUUCGAAAGAAAGACGCUGUUUAUAAUUUUGAAGUUAUUCACAUUUUCCUGAAUUCAAUAGAUCUUUUCACCAUUUCACAAUUAUCCUUUGUGAUGACAACCCCUUUGUUAUUGUUUAUAAUUGAAAAUUAAGCGGUUUAUUUGCAAGGAAACAUCAAAAUAACAAUCUACGAAUGAAGUCUGAUACGUUUUUGACGAUAUUUGAUUGGAAACGUUUAGGUUAUUCGCUUUGAUUAGCCGAUGGAAAUGGAUGCUUUGUGUGACUAGGCAUUGAGCUAAAAAAAUAAAAUGGGAGCAUGAUUGGCCUUCUUUAAAGCAGCAAUCGCACCGUUCACAUCACACCGUUCACAUUAGCCGACAAAAGACAAAAGAAUAUAUUAGAAUCCAAGCUAUUUAACAGGCAAUCCUCUCAAAUUAUCAGAAUCAUCCUCGAAAAUACUUCAAAUAGACACACUAGAAUGGAAGCCCGGGUAAUCGAAUCGACCCGAAGUAAACUGACACGAUUGCCGUUUUGAAGUGCAACUGUCAAAUGUGGUACAUGCACAAAUUAUAAUUAGUAUUUAUUCCAUUCACGACGUCUGAGAGCUCUAUAUGUAUAAUAAAUAUCAUAUAUAGAUGUU